ACCAGAUACGAGCAGGGUUGAAACUUCCAUCCAGGAUUCCCCAUAAACUGACUGCAACAAUCGUAGAGCAAACAGGUGACUCUAGCCUCUCUUCAGCCUGCGUUCAUGAGAACAACGUGCACAGUAGAAUAUUUCAGAUCUUAUACAGGAACGAAGAGAUUGUUCUCAACGAAUCGAUGAACUUCAGGGUCCACUUACUCCUAGAUGGCGAGAGGAUGGAAGAUGCAUUAAGCGAAGCAGAUUUUCAGCUCAAGUUGGACCUGCACUUUACUGAUAGUGAACAACAGCUGAGAGACAUUCCAGCGAUCCCUGUGAUAAGCAGUCGUACGUUGGUGCUUCACUUCCAUCCGAGAAGAGGCCUGCACCACCAUGUUCCUGUCAUGUUUGACUAUUUCCACCUGUCAGUGAUAUCUGUUACAGUGCAUGCCUCACUGGUAGCAUUACACCAGCCGCUGAUCAGCUUUGCUCGUUCAGGAAAAGGGUCGUGGCUGGGUAAAGGGAGCCUGGAGACAGGACCAGACCAGUCCAGUAUAUCAUUAGAGAAUCUAGUGUUCGGAGCUGGCUACUGCAAACCGACUUCAUCUGAGAUAGCAGAUGAUUUCAAGGAACUUGGAACCAUGCUGAAGAAGAAUGGCCAAGCAAUCGUCUCUGAGAUCCUUCCUGUCCCACAAGCAAAGGUAGAUGAUUUUGGAAGUGAACUGCUGACUAAGUGUUGUAGAGUG